ACAUGGGGGCGCGGGUUGUGCGUAUGUUCCGAAAUUUCAACCUAGAAAACCGGGUUCACCGAGAAAUUUCCAAGGAGAAGCCGCGAGUAGCACCCCGACACGCCGCCAACCCCCCGCCCUCUGCCGGCAGCUCUGAAGCGGUGGAGACAGCGGAGUCAGUGAACCUGAAGCACGACCCCCUGCUCUCACUCCUCAGGUCUGUGUAUGUGGAGUCUACGGAUCCAGAAGCGGCGAAGCAGCCAUCAUCAUCAUCAUCAUCAGUGAGUGAAGAAGCGGAGCGGCGGCCGUUGAAGUUCAGUUUACCGGGGGACCUGCACGGCCUGGUGGAGCUCACAGACGUUCCUAAAGGCAAACUGACCAUCGCUGAGGCUCUGAAGGCCCUGAGCAGCCACCAGCGUGAGCCUCAGACGUGCACGCCGGAAAAGAUUGCUCAGGAUUUUUCUCUGGAUUUGAAAGACACAAAAGCGCUUCUGGAGUUCUUCAUGCCCUUCCAGGUUCAGAUGAUACCACCCAAGACUGAAAAUGUCAAGAAGAUCAAGGCUUCUUAGGACUGGGUUGUUGGUGAAUGGUUGACAAUAGACAAAUUAUUACCUGAUUUAUUUAUGUGCAUCAAAAAAUGCAUUGGGAGAGUGACCAGAGUGGAGCUGGUGAGGCAGAGUUUCUCAAGCCGGGGGUUUGGACCUUAUGUGGGGUUGUUUGAUGUGUAGGUCGUAUCAUGGCAUGUGUCCAAUGAUGAUAUACUGAGACAUGUGAAAACAAACCAAGAAAAUGAAAAUAAUAAAAUGAAAAAAUAAGAACAAAUACUUAAUCUUAAGAAUUGUCUUUAUAAUCCAUUUGAAGAUUCAUCUACAAUAUUUAAUAGAAUACUAAAAUAUUCAUACUAGUACUCUCAGAUUUUUGGGGUCUUGAAAUGGGGCCAGAGGUCCAAAAAAAGGUUGAGAAACCCUUUAAAGGAAUAGUUCAACAUUUUGGGAAAUAAUCUUAUUAGCUGUCCUGAGACUAAGAUGUGACGAUGUAUACCAAUGUCAUGUCUGUGAGCCAGGAUAAGGUUAGCCUAGCUUAGCAUAAAGAUUGAUGGGAAGAAAUUGUUCCAGAAUGUAACUUCCUCUAAAACAACAGCUUGUUUUUACAUUUUUGUUGGUAAUACAGAUUAAACUAAUAUGACAACAUGUUAAGUAGUGAGCUUUAGAGGUGUUUAUACACACCAGGCUGGCUGUUUCCCCCUGCUUCCAGUCUUUAUGCUACGCUAGGCUAGCCACUCUAGCUCCAUAAUGUUGCACCCUUUACAGCUCACUCACAGAAAUAAAGCAAGAAAGCAUACUGUACUUCCCUAAAUGUUGAACUGUUGCUUUGUGCUGUAAAGACUAUGGACUCCAUAUUAUUUAUAUCUGUCCAGGGAAAACCGCAUCACUGUUUAUUUCCAAAUGAUACAGUGAUGAUGAUGAUUGGAAAAAUUCUUGGUUUCAAGCUAUUAGCACUGGCAUUAACCUUUGGUUCAACUGAGCAGUGUUUCUGUGUUAUAGAGGAUUGUCAAAUACCCUCGUCAUUUUAUUAUUUGCUUGUUUGUCAUGUAUGUGAGUGUAGAUCUGUUGGCCUGAAAACGGACCACCUGUUGCUUUCAAGGCAGAUAUUAGCUUUUAGCAGAGAGGAGAAAUAUUCCAGUAAAGUAGCUGAUAUCCGUCCAUCCCACACUAGUCCAGCACUGACAUGCUUUUGUAGGCUAACACGGGUGUACGUUAGUGUUCUCCACUCAGGGUUGCAAUGGCAGAUUUCUCCUUGAUACUCUGCACUGGGUUUUGGAUAAAGAAACAGAAAAAGGUCUGACUGCUUUUCAAUUAUGGAAUUCCCUGAGUGGUUGGCAAAUAGUGGCCUGUAGGCCAAAUCCAGCCUCCAGCUAAAUUGUUUGUCCCUCAAUAGAAGGUUUUCAAUUCCAUCAUUUACACCAAACCUUUAGAUAAUUAGUCAUGAAAUAAGAGCGUAAAGACGGGGCUCAUGUGAAUCCUGAUAGCUCUGACCUCGGAACACCUGUCCCCACGUGAACAGAGAAAGAUAAACUGUGGCCGUUGUGCCUUGUUCUGAGCCAGGCCGGCCCCUUCCCAUGGUUGAACAUCGUUUCUGUCACUGGCAUUGCCACCACCGGCAGUCAAUAGAGGCCAUGUAUGUAAGCUAGCAUUGUAGUGCUUAAAAAUUAGAGCCCUGCCAAUAUUAGCUUCUCACAGAGAUAUUGGUAUUGUGUGUUCAUCAGUAGCGUCUAUUGUAAAGUAAAUUUUCAAAUUUCACAAUCAAGAAAAUGUGCAUUUCCAUAUGCUGGUUUGGAGCGAAUAAGCUUGGCUACACAAAGUGUAGUUUCAUCAGGGGCUGGUGGUAAAAGCUACACUUUUUUUUACACUUGCUGUAAUUGUAGAAGAAGAAUGUUGAAAACUGGGAACAACAUGAAUCACUUCCUGAGAGAAAAAUGGCCUGCAGGAAUUUCUUUGGUUUGGCCUUGUUGUAAUUGUUCUGUCAUGUCAGCUGGUAUUAGCAAUGUUUUCACAUAACUGUUGUUGGUUCUACAAGCCAUGUUUUAGCGCAUUGUGGGACUAGUAAGGCGAACGACAGCAGAAACAGCCUUUUAGACGGACAAGGACAAUGUAUACACAGAAUUUAUUCAAACAAAUAUUUCCCCCCACCGUUUAAAAAAACUGAACCUGUCCACAUCGACUUUUCUUUCACUAAAUAUCUCCGUAUGCACGGGAGUGCUAAAAGGAUUCCAAGCACAUCAACAAAACAUCAAAUCCCAGAGAAGAACGUUGUGAGCAUGUGCAGUGACAGUUAUUCCUUUCCUGCACACGGCCCAGUGGUGCUAGCUAAAUUUAAGCCGGCCAGUAGUCCGUCACUGUUGUUUCAGAAGCCGGUUACACUUAGCAGCAAUGGGCAUGUGGAAAUCGAGGUGAUGACAUCAUCAGUUCCCAAACGCUCCAUUUUACACAAACACACGGAUACACAGAAUCCAGAGCUAUGAGAAAUCUGCACUUUAGAAGGUGUUUUUAAAAGCCCUGUGUGUGGGUGAGAGGUCCAAAUGUUUGUUUUACUAUGUCUCUGUAUAUAUGUGGUCAAGCAUUCAGCGUCCCCGAGUCAUGACUGUGUGACAGUGAGCCAGCAUGAACCAUACCACCAUCCUGCAACUUUCAUCGUAUUAUUCUGACCUGUGCUUUUCUUACUGUGACGUGUCAAGUAGAAAAAGGCCUGCUCAGCACAUGUUGGUCACAGCUAAUGGAAAAGGUUCUUAUCAAUAGGACAGAUAGUUUAGCUUAAAAUCAUCUUGUAAACUCUCAAAUAUCGCUACCAGUAUUUUCACAAUUAGCCACUGAACAAAUGUGAAAUGUUUAGACCUUAUUUUCUGCAGGAGUUGAAAAGCCUGGUGAUAAAGCAUUGUAAAUCAGGGUUCAUAGAGCUUCACAGGGAAAUACACAAAUGAUCACUCAUCUAAUGAUCAACCCAUGGUCAUUCAGUUCUUCUUUCAAAUAUUUGGGAGCCUUUUUUAAACAACUUCUGUCGCCCAUAUGAGUGGAGUUGUGUUAUAUCAUUGGGUUGAAUUUCUGCGUUUAUUCACAUGGUCUCAAGAAGCAGCCAGUGGCAAACUGACAGUGCUGGACUGGCCGGAGCCUCAAGCAAAUAAUGUGUGUCAAUAACAUGAUGUUUACUUGUGGAUGACAUGAAUGGUCUUUUGGCACUUGCACGUAUUCGCUGCAUAU